AUGGAGUGGAAGAAGAAGUGGCAAAUGGGCGGUGGCACAGCAGAAGUCAGCCUGUCUAUCGAUCCCGGCCGGGCCUGGAAGAAGGAAGAAGAGAAGUUUGAAGACUGGGAAGUUGUCGAUACGCCGCCGUACGAGGAGAUGAAGAGGUUUCAUGGAACUGCGCCGCCUCCAAAGAAACAGAUCACGGAGCACGAAAGUGAAAGCACCGAGCCUGUCACUACCUCUGGUUCCAUUGCAGAGAGAAGGGGUCAGGAACUCCCUUCAGCCUCGACUUCGAAGGCAGCACAGACAGCCGAUGAUACGAAAGGAGAACUGCAUCCCUGCGACCGCUGUAACAGCUACCACUACGUCGAGGAUUGUGUAUACUACUUGCCCGACGAUAAAUGGCUAGAGUAUUACACCACACACAUGCCCAGCGUACCCCUUCGAUCUCCAGAUCCUGAAGGACCGCUUGUGAAGAAGCACCAGAUUCGAAUGACUGAAUCUGGUAGGACUAUGCUCGAAGAAGAUGUAGAACAUAGAAGGAAACGAAUGCUGGACAAGGGCAGAAAAGUGCCAAAGGAUCUGUCUGUAGCAGAACUGAGGGAAAGGUGGGAGAGGGCGAGGCGCGAAGAGGGCAGUGAGGACGAGUUGGCGACGGGGUCUGCCACGGUGCAAGAAAAGAAGGGGUAUAUCAAAGCAGUACGACCAGAACGAUCAGUUCGAUUCGUACAGUGA